AUGGAUUUUCAAAGUCUUAUUGAAAGUCGGAAAAAAAUAUUAAAACCGACAACAACAAUUGUUACAAAUACGUCAGGUGAAAAAUAUGAAAUUUCUGACGGUAUUGUUCGUAAUUUAGGAAGAAAAGUCCCGCCAUUUGUUAUUGAUAACAAACCAAAUUUGAAAAUAGAUUUAAUUAUUCCUGGAUUAUUUCUCAGCUCACAGGAUCCAGUUUAUAAUUUAGAUAUUUUAGAAUCACAUGAAAUAAAAAAUGUUUUAAGUUUGGGAAUAAAUCCCGAAAUUAAAUUUCUUACUAUUAAAUAUCAUUACGUUGAUAUUCUUGAUUUACCGGAAUUUGAUUUGUUUAAAGUUUUAAAUGAGUGUAUUAAAGUAAUUCAUGAAAAUAUAAAGGAAAAUAUAUUAGUUCAUUGUAAUGCUGGGGUAUCAAGAUCACCGACGAUAGUAAUUGGAUAUUUGAUGGCAUGUAAAGAAAUGUCAUACACUCAAGCUUAUGAUUUUGUUAAAAAUAUAAGAUACAUUCGACCGAAUGAUGGAUUUGUAAAUAAAUUAAAAAGUAUAAAACUUGAAGACUUACCUCAGCUGAAUUAAUCGUUUGAACUUUUGAAUUACUCAUAAUUCGAAUAAGUUUUCAAAUCCUAACCUCGUAAGUUUUCAAAUAAGUCAAACGACUUGAAACUGUAAUUCUUUUUUUUUAAAUAAUUCAAAUUUUUGUCUGUCAUAAGUGUAUAGAAAUAAAUAGAACUCGGACACAAAUCUACAAAAAAUGAUUUUUGAAAUAUUUUAAUAUUUUAAAGCCGAUCAUAAUUUUCUUGAUUUGAAUCGAGUAAUUUGAAAAGACGAAUAAUUCGAAAAAAAUUUUCAAAUUAUUUGAUUUUAUCGAAAUAUUCAAUUUGCACACUUUUAUUAAUAGUAUAUUAAGUGAUAAGGGAUAAAAUGAAAUAAUUUCAGACCUGGGUGAAGUUGGCUGACAUCACCCGCAAUCUGAAGUCAUGUUUCAUUGUGUUACACAAUAUAUUUUAUGAAUAUGAAUGUAUCAGACACUAUAACUUUUAAAUAAAUAAAUUAAUUAAUUAAAAUAGUGAAAUUAAAAAAAAAUAUGAGUACUGACUUUUCAAUUAUUUAAAUACGCAUUUUUAAAUUUUUAUUCCACUUAGAUUUAUGAGCGUGAAUAUAGCUGUCAAUUAUUUUUUUUUAAUUUUUGAGUAAAUGAAUAAAACGUAAGUACGCGCAUUUUUUUAAAUUCCAUUAGUUUAUUUUAUUUAAAAUUUAUGAUUUGUCGCAUAUCUGCUUUCAGAAAAAUUGAAAUAAUUGCCAAUUGUCAGCUACAUUCACACUCAUUACAUUUUUCAUAAUUACCUGCAUUGAAACUUGAAGUCAGUGUCAGCAGCCAAUCAGAAACAAGUCAAUUUCAGAUUAAUAGUGUGAUUAACUAUUAGCGUACUCGUAAACUGUCGCACUUUUAUAAUUAAGCAGAUAAUAAACUAUAGUUAUUAUUUAAACUCAUUUUUAUAAAACUUAACCACAAACAGAACUGUCAUUUACGGAUAAAUUUAAUGGCCUGAAAUUAGUAGUCUUCAGUCAACGGACAGAAAUGAAACUGAAGUUAGCCGCCGUCUAAUAAUGUUAGUAUUUUUUUCAAAGCUAUAAACUAUGAAAAACAAAUAUUUUAGAAAUUGUACCUAUAGUUUUUUUUAGUUUUCCACAUGUGCGUAUUUUUUUUUUUUGCGCAAUUAAGUUGUCAAAAAAAAACCAACUAUUUUUAAUUGUCUACUAACUUCAUACUUCAGAGUCAUAGACAGAAACUUUUUUUCUUCCCAAGUGUCAAAAAGUUUAUUUCUGCACGCUGACUGAAUGUACAGAUACUGAAACUUCGAUUUUCAAUGCUGGUGUCAUGAAAAAGUAAUUAAAUUUAAAAAUAAAAUAUGAUACUGAAGUUAUUUGACGCCUAAUAAUUUUUGUAUUUUUUUAAAAACGAUAAAUUAUUUAUAAAAACCAUUUUUCAAAAUUAUACCUAUAGCUUUUUUAAUUUUCCACAAGUGCAUAUUUUUCUUUAUUUUUUUGUCUGUUAACUUCAGGAUCAUAAAUAAAACAUUUGAAUAAAUAGUAAAAGGGAAAAAAAAAAUAAAGAUAAAUUAUUCUUUAACAAUUCGUUUAUACGACAUACCAUUAUGUUCUUUUUAUCAUAUUGUUUACUUAAUAUUUCAUGCAUAUAUUUGUAAUUACAUCUUUUUACCAUUUCCUGAAACUUAUAAAAAUUUUUAAAUCCUUUCAUGCAACUACAGUUUUAAUAGUGGAUCGAAUUCAAGCGUUUGACAAAUUUUCUUCUUCGUUCGCUCAUUUCUUAUGCUUGGCAAUCAUAUUUUUUAAUAUAUAAUAUAAUAAUAUUAAUUAAUCAAUAAUAAUUACAUGUAUAAUAUUUAUAUAAGGAGACAAUGAUAACAUGUAGGUCGAUCGUAGGCUUAUAAAAAUGGCUGUAAUUCUAAAAAAUAUAAGUGAAUUUUUCUGUAUCCCCAAUAUCUAUUGUAGUAAUUAAUUAAUUAAUUUUUGUUUUUUCAUUCAUUCGUAUUUUUUUCUCUUCAUACAUGAAACAUACAAGCGUAUAUGAGAUUAUUUUCUACAUUCAUUAUUAUAGUCAAUGUUAGUUUACUUUAGAUUUUAUUUUUGUUAAUGUAUAUUUUUUUUUAGUCUUAUUAAUUUUUUUUUCUUUUAUUAUUACUAAUCUAUUUUUUUUUGCAUUUAUUUUAAUUUUACUCAGCAUAUGACGCUACUUACUCACAUGUAAACCUCGUACUUUUUUUUUUUUUUUUUUUUUUUUUUUGUUCAUAUACAGUUAAUAUAUUAGAAUAAUUAUUAUUAAUCAUUCAUAGUCAUAUACAUAAUUAUAUUCACAAUCAUCAUCUACUAAAAUAGUUUAAAAUGAGCUGUCUCGAAGAAAAUAGACAAGGCACUUUUAACAGAAUAAGUAUGUUUUAUUUAUUAUUAUUAUUAUUAUUAUUAUUAUUAUUAUUAUUAUUAUUAUUAUUAUUAUCCUUAGUUAAUUAUUUAAUUUUUUAUGAGUGUGAAUGCAACAGACAGACAAAUUUAAAAUUACAAAUAAAUCGAGUAAAUAAUUUAAAAAAUAAUAUUUAUAAAAAAUGCACUUAUCAAUUUUUUAAAUUUUAUUUUAUUAAUUAUUCAUUCUAUUUAUUAAUAAUUUGAAAUUUGACUGAUGUCUGCUACAUUCACACUUAUAAUUUUUUUUUUUUUUUCAUAUUAUUAUUAUUUUUUUAAACUUAUGAACUAAUUGGCCUCAUACGGGUUAUAUGCACGAGUUACUUUUUUUUUUUAAUUAAGGACAUUCUUAGACAGUGCCCGCCACUUUUUUAAAAUAUUCAAUGAUUUUUAAUCGUAAUGACCGUAUUGGAAUUUUAUUAAUUAAUUAAGUCCUUAAUUGAAAAAAAAAUUUUUGCUGAGUAGAUUUAUAAAAAAUUGCAUAGUUAUUUAUUAGGAGUGUAAAGAAAUUUGAAUAAAUUUUAAGAUACAAAUUUGAAAAUUUGAAUUCGAAAUUUGAAAUGACGAUUUUACUGAAAUUUAUGUAACAAAUAUUGUUUAACUUCCAAUUGAUGUCAAUUGUAAGUAAUUUUUUUUUAAAUCUCAAUCUCAGCGAAAUUGUACUUUUUUCAAUUAAUGCUUUAAUUUUUUUUUAAAUUAAUUAUUAAAUUUUAAUACGGUCAUUGAAUAUUCUAAAAAAGUGGCGGCACUGUCUAAGAUUGACCCUAAUUUAGUGUGUAGAAAAAAAUAAAAUUGAUAAAAAAUUUUUUAAAUUAAAUCAUGAUUUAAGAAUUUAAAAAAUUGUGACGUAAUUUAAUGAAUCACGAUUGAUUUUUAAAAAAUUUUUUUUUGAUGAGUUAUUUUUUGCACUCUUGCCUUAAUGGUAUAUAAUUUUCUAUAUAUAAUAUAAAGAUACUAAUUUUAAAUAUUUUUUUAAAAAAAAUUUAUUUUUGGUCUUGUAAAUAUUUUUCGAAAUCAAUCAAUUUGAUUAGAAAGACUUCUUAAAAUAUAGUGAUAAGACAUCAAUUGUUUUUUUUAUUCAAUUAGUCAAUUAAUUGUUUUUUUUUUAUAAAUAAUUUAAUAUAUUCCAUAUGUGACGUUGCAUUUGAUAAUAAUUUACAGUUUAUCACUUGCUUUAUUUAAAUAAAACAAGAAAAAAAAAACAAAAAAAGUGAAAUUUAUAUACAAUUAUAAAUAGACAAUAAUUCUCGAGUAUUAGAAGUCAUUUAAUAAAAUAUAAAAAUUUGUGUUUGCAAAUGAUUGAUAGAAAAUUAAAAAAAAAAAAAAAGAAGAAAAAUAAA